AUGGUUAGGGAAGACAGAACGACCUGGAAGGCUAACUACUUCCUAAAGCUUGUUGAGUUGUUUGAUGAGUACCCGAAGUGCUUUCUCGUUGGCGUAGACAAUGUCGGCUCGAAACAAAUGCAGGAGAUCCGUCAAGCAAUGAGAGGUCAUGCCGUUAUCCUCAUGGGAAAAAACACCAUGAUCCGUAAAGCCAUUCGUGGUCAUUUAUCAAAAAACCCUGCACUUGAGAAGCUUCUUCCUUACAUUGUGCAAAAUGUUGGAUUUGUCUUCACGAAGGAGGAUCUUGGAGAAAUCCGAGCGAAACUGCUGGAAAACAGAAGGGGUGCUCCUGCCAAGGCUGGCGCCAUUGCUCCUUGUGAUGUUAAACUGCCUCCGCAGAACACUGGUAUGGGUCCCGAAAAGACCUCGUUCUUCCAGGCCCUACAAAUUCCAACAAAGAUCGCCAGAGGAACCAUUGAAAUCUUGAACGAGGUGCACCUCAUAAAAGUAGGUGAGAAGGUAGGAGCUUCCGAGGCCGCGCUUCUUAACAUGCUCGGAGUGACGCCGUUCUCCUACGGUCUCGUCGUUCUCCAAGUUUAUGACAAUGGAACUAUCUACACUCCUGAAGUCCUUGACAUGACUACCGAGGAGCUCCGCAAGCGUUUCAUGGCUGGUGUGCGCAACGUGGCCGCCGUUUCGCUUGCUAUCAAUUACCCGACGAUGGCUUCUGUUGCCCACUCGCUGGCCAGAGGAAUGCAGAACAUGCUCGGAAUUGCUGCCGUCACCGAUGUCAAUUUCAAGGAGGCCGCCCAGCUCAAAGAAUAUCUUGCUGAUCCGAGCAAGUUCGCCGCAGCAGGUGCUCCUGCUGCUGCAGCCGCUCCAGCUGCAGCAGCACCAGCAGCUGAUACUAAGAAGGAAGAGGUGAAGGAAGAGUCCGAGGAUGAAGAUCUUGGAUUCGCUUGGGCAACUCCUGCGAUCAUGCUGAUCUUCAAGGAUGUCUUCACUGAUGAUGAAUUGUCGUCGGACUCAUUUCCAAUGAAGCUCGUCGACGACCUUGUUUAUGAGUUCAAGGGAAGGCAUGUCAUUCGCAAGGAGGGGGAGAUUAUGUUACCGGGUGCCAAUCCUUCAGCCGAAGGCGAGGAUGGAGACGAAGGAUCUGAGGAGGUUGUGGAGCGUGGAAUCGACAUCGUUCUCAACCACAAGCUAGUGGAAAUGAACUGUUAUGAAGACCAAGCGACUUUCAAAGCGUACGUAAAGUCGUUCAUGAAAAAGGUUGUAGAGUACAUGGAGAAGGAGGGGAAGUCGAAGGAUGAGAUCGACUCAUUCAAGAAAAAGAUCCAAGCCUGGGUUAUUUCUCUCCUUGACAAAAAACGCUGGAAGUCUCUGCAGUUCUUCAUUGGAGAGCGUAUGGCUGAAGGAGCUGGAGAUGGGCAAGUUGCAAUCAUAGAAUAUCGUGAUGUUGACGGUGAAGAGGUGCCCACCUUGAUGCUCAUCAAGGAAGCCAUCGUUUCAGAGAAGAUUUAA